AAUGGCUACCAGUCCCAGUGGGGUUCCAGAAGAGGUGUUGAUGAACACUGAACUUAUAAAGGACUUAGUGGAAGAAGCUAAAUACUUGAUAAGGACUAAAGAGACCCCCAACUCAUCUGAGGUGGUGACCUAUGCACCGUUCACACUCUUCCCCUCGCCAGUGCCCAAGGCUAUCUUCCACCAGGCUCUAGCAGUACAAACACACUACAACCGACUGGUGGACAAGAUCAGCCAGGACUCAAGCUUCCUGGAGGAGGCUCUAGCCAGGUAAUACAGAACUGUAUGGCCAAGCCGAAAAGACUAGUGCAAUAGAGGGAUUCUAGACAAUUUAAGGGUGCGCUCCUUUUUUUUAUUUUAACAGCACUAUCAAAGUGGAUGAUUUCACUGGCAGUUUAUUCAA